AUGGCCGAACUGCAUGUGAUUGGGCAAAUUCAUGGUGCUCGUGGUUUCCCUGAAACAAGUCUAUUUUGCAAAUGGGGAGUGAAAUCGGGUGGAGCGUGGCGGUUGCUUGAAGGCGUUCCGGACGGACAAACACAAGUAGACUGCCCUGCAGUGGGGGAAGUUGCCCAUUUUUGUCAUCCGAUCGAUCUUCAUUUUGCCACAAAAGGACUACAAGGUUGGCCUAAACUUCAUUUUCAAAUAUGGCAUUAUGACUGGGUCGGGCGGUAUGAUAUCUACGGAUAUGGCUUUUGUCAUGUACCUACAUCACCGGGUUAUCACGAGCUUGAAGUGGCCAUGUGGAGACCGGUCGGAACUGCAUUGGAUCAUAUUACUUCCACUUACAUUGGUGGCGGACCGCAUUUGCGCAGACCGGAAAUUGUCUACAAUCCGACCGAUCGGUUUUAUUUGCAAACGGAGAGUAUGGGCUAUUUGGAUCUCAAAUUGAAUGUGAUUUUGCGUAACUUUGAUAAAUUUGGAGUAGAAAUGUGA